AAAAUGUUCAAAUUGGUAGUAGCUUCUGCACUUGUAGCUUUUGUAGCUGCCGAUGUCAGUCAUUUGUUUUCAAAGCCAGGAGCAGGACAAAAUGCCCAAAUACCCAUUCUCAAAUUCAAUUCUGACGUGAGACCUGAUGGUAGCUACGAAUAUAGUUACCAAACCGGAAAUGGAAUAAAUGUCGAAGAACGUGGCCAGCAAACAAGAACUGCCGAAGGUGAAGGUACAGCCGCUCAAGGAUUCUACCAGUUCACUUCCCCAGAAGGCGUCCCUGUCUACUUACAAUACGUAGCUGACGAGAACGGAUUCCAACCUCAAUCCGAUGUUCUGCCCACUCCUCCACCAAUCCCUGCUGCCAUAUUGAGGUCUUUGGAAUACAAUGCGGCUCAUCCGGAACAAGAAGAACCCGCUUCCAAGUUCCAGGUUGCUCAAAAGCCGUUCUUUGGCCAGUCUAGUCAGCGCAGAUUCAGAAGAUUUGUCAGUUUACAAUAA